UUUUAGAUUCGGUAACUAUAUUAGAAGCUUAUAAUGAUUUUUUUUCUUAUUCAGAUAACAAGUGAUAAAAACGAAUCAGUUGGCAUCAAUGAUAAUUGUGACAGUAAAGAUGAGGUUAUUUGGAAAGUGGGACAAAAGUUUACAAGUAUUGAAUUGGUAGAGGCUUGUAAAACUAAUUAUGAGUUAAAACGACAUUGUCAACUUGUGAAGAGUAAAGUAAGAUCUUUAGAAGCUGCUAAAAAGAGAAUUCCUAAACGAAUUGCUUUAGCUAAUAUGGCAUUGCACUACCAAACUUUACAGUUUGUUUGCAAGUUUAGUGGAAAGUCGAGUCAGCCAGAAUUAGAAAGAAAGAGAAAAACUAAAUCCUUCCGUUGUGGUUGUCCAUUUGAAAUUGUGCUGGAACUUUCAGUUGACAAUCAGCACCUACAAGUGGUGCGUGUACAAGAAGAACACAAUCAUCUGGUUUCUCAGGAACUGUACGAACACUUGCCUAAACAAAGAACUUUAUCUCCAGAUAUGAUGAAAAACGUUAAAGAGGCGAUUCAGUUGAAAGCAAAUAGCAAACAUCUACAGCAAAAGAUUGAGUUAUCGUCUGGCAAAAAAUGCAUAUUAAAAGAUAUUGCUAACCUUCGUCAAUAUUCUAAAGUUUCAUUUUCUGAUAAUGAAAUAUAUGACAUUGCAGAAUUUCUCAAACAACGAAAAGGAUCUGUGGUUGAAGUUCUUGUUGAUUCUGAUAAAAAGUUCAAGGGGCUUUUUUUUCAGGACUCACAAAUGCAGAAGAUGUACGAAAGGUACCCAGAGAUUAUCAAUUUAUUUGUAUCAUUGUUUACGCUCCUUUCGAAGAGAAAUUACUUGCGAGAAAAUGGGUAUCACUUCAGCCGAUAGAAAUCGUUGCCUUGAAAUAAUUCAAAAAAUUGCAUAUUCUAAAUCAAGUAUUGUGUACGAGCAGAAUAAACAAAUGCUUUUAGAUACAAAACUAACUGCAGUGACAGAAUAUUUUGUUAAAAAUUGGGAUCCUAUCAAACACCAAUGGGUCACAGCUUAUAAAGAUCUAUAUUUCAACCUUGGAGAAACUACUAACAAUCGUCUGGAAUCGAUGUUCAACAAAUUAAAAUCGGUUUGUACAAAGCAUACGAGUAUGAUGCAAUUUUUUAUA